GUAGCAUCACAAUAAACUUGGUCUCGAUUCUCAACAGCCUCUUCAAGUUGGUAUAGCAUCAAAAAUUACAAAUUUGGCCUCCAAGGUAAGUAACAAAGUGAAGUCAAGAAUCCGAACAGGAGAUAUAAUGUGGAUCGUGAAGGUGGGAGUGGUGAAAGUCAUCAUUCUGAGCCUGGCUUCUCAGAGUCGGUUCCUUCAGACCAGAGAGAAGAUGCUAAUUCAAGUGGAGCUAGCACACCCAGGGGAGAUGUGCCCCCCUCUCCCUUUGGCGUUAUUUCUCACACAGAAGACAAAAGUCAAGGAAAAAAUUUAAGAGAUUCUGGUGAUGAGGGUGAAGGAAAACCUAUGCAUAAAGUCUUAACUUCCAAGGCUGAAGCAUGGAUUCAAAGGAAAACGAUAUCAUGGCCAUGGAAAGCAAAUGAGCGGGAUGGGUCAGAGGGAAGGAACGUCCGUGUUGGUUGGCCGUGGUUGCAGAAUGAUCAAGAAAAUGAGCCAGCUCAGCGGAAGCCUCCUUCUUCUUGUGUGAGGCCAGAAAGUCAGGCAGGAGAAGGUAAUCGACCUGUUACUAAUGAAGCAUCAGGAUCCUGGUCCUCCUUCAAUGUUAACAGCACAAGUAGUGCAAGCAGCUGUGGGAGUGGCAGCAGUGCUGUCAAUAAUAAAUUGGACAUGGAUACUGAUUGUUUGGAUUAUGAAAUCUUGUGGGAAGACCUGACAAUUGGAGAACAAAUUGGGCAAGGAUCAUGUGGAACUGUGUAUCAUGCUCUGUGGUAUGGAUCAGAUGUUGCGGUCAAGGUAUUCUCCAAGCAAGAAUAUUCAGAUGAUGUAAUUAUGUCCUUCAGACAAGAGGUAUCUGUUAUGAAGAGACUUAGGCAUCCAAAUGUCCUUCUGUUCAUGGGGGCAGUAACUUCACCUCAACGUCUCUGCAUUGUGACUGAGUUUCUCCCACGUGGAAGCUUGUUUCGCUUACUCCAGAGAAACACAGCCAAACUUGACUGGAGACGGCGUGUCCAUAUGGCUUUAGAUAUUGCUCGGGGUGUAAACUAUCUUCAUCAUUGUAGCCCACCUAUCAUUCAUCGAGAUUUGAAAUCUUCAAAUCUUCUAGUUGACAAGAACUGGACUGUUAAGGUCGGUGAUUUUGGCCUUUCGCGCCUCAAGCAUGAAACAUAUCUCACAACAAAGACUGGAAAGGGCACGCCUCAAUGGAUGGCACCAGAAGUUCUUCGUAAUGAGCCAUCUGAUGAGAAGUCUGAUGUAUACAGCUUUGGAGUGAUAUUGUGGGAACUUACAACUGAGAAGAUCCCUUGGGAGAGUCUCAACUCAAUGCAGGUGAUUGGAGCUGUUGGCUUCAUGAACCAGCGGCUAGAAAUUCCAAAGGAUGUUGAUCCCAAGUGGGCUGCUAUAAUUGAGAGCUGCUGGCAUAGUGAUCCAGCCUGCCGGCCAACGUUUCAGGAACUGCUAGAAAGGCUUCGAGAGCUGCAAAGACGUUAUGCCCUUCAAUUUCAAGCUGCUCGUUCUGCUGGUGUUGAAAACACUCAAAAGGAGUCCUAAACACGGCCUUUGACCUUCUUUUCUUUUAUUCGCCUGCAGCCGACAUAAUGAUUUUUUUGCAUACCUUUUUACCAGUUUCUGGUAAGCAGUUGAAUUGACACGAACGGGGCCCGGCUUGAAGUUGGAACCAUACCAAAGUGCUGAUCGGAAUUGUGGCUCUUCACCAUUUGCGGUAGAACUUAAAAGGGGACAACAUUGAAAAAUGAAAGAAAGUGGAGCUUGACGACGAUGAUGAUUGGUAUAAUCACGUUUUGUCUCUUCAAUGGCAUCAAUGAUCUUCAAUUUGUUAGUAGUGCUGAAUGCUUGGAGCCAUACCAAAUGGGAUUGAUUGUGACCUUUAUUGUGAUCCUAGACGGAGAAUUUAGGUGCUAUUAAAGAAUUUGUACAGGAGGCAGAGAAGGCAAAAACUUCGAGUUUUGAUUGGACGAAAGGGAUUAGGAUCCGAGAAGUUUCUUCCCUUCAUAUUCUUUGUUAAUCAUGGUUGGAGUUUUGUAAUUAUCCACUGGAAUCGACAAGGUGCGGCUUAGCAUGUCAGAUUCAUGAUUUGAUUAGUCCGUUCUAAACUAGUAAGUGUGAUUUUCGUACGUA